AUGAGUUCCAGAAAGCAGGGUUCUCAAACUCGUGGACACCAAUCUGCCGAAGAAGACAAUUUCAAAAAACCAACUAGAAGCAACAUGCAAAGAAGUAAAAUGAGAGGGACAUCUGGAAAGAAGACAGCUGGUCCCCAGCAGAAGAAUCUGGAAGCAGCACUCCCAGGCAGAUGGGGGGGUCGCUCUGCUGAGAACCCUCCAUCAGGAUCAGUGAGGAAGACCAGAAAGAACAAACAGAAGACCCCUGGGAACGGAGAUGGUGGCAGCACCAGUGAAGCACCCCAGCCACCUCGGAAGAAAAGGGCACGGGCAGACCCCACAGUUGAAAGUGAGGAUGCUUUUAAGAAUAGAAUGGAAGUUAAGGUGAAGAUUCCGGAAGAAUUAAAACCAUGGCUUGUUGAGGACUGGGACUUAGUCACCAGGCAGAAGCAACUUUUCCAACUCCCAGCCAAGAAAAACGUGGAUACUAUUUUGGAAGAAUACGCCAACUGCAAAAGAUCACAAGGCAAUGUUGACAACAAGGAGUAUGCAGUUAAUGAGGUGGUGGGAGGGAUACAAGAGUAUUUCAACGUGAUGUUGGGCACCCAGCUGCUCUACAAAUUUGAGAGGCCCCAGUAUGCUGAAAUUCUCUUGGCUCACCCUGAUGCGCCAAUGUCCCAGGUUUAUGGGGCACCACACCUCCUGAGAUUAUUUGUAAGAAUUGGGGCAAUGUUGGCAUACACACCCCUUGAUGAGAAGAGCCUUGCAUUAUUGUUGGGCUAUUUGCAUGAUUUCCUGAAAUACCUGGCAAAAAAUGCUGCGUCUCUGUUCACUGCCAGUGAUUAUAAAGUGGCUUCUGCUGAGUACCACCGCAAAGCCCUGUGA